CACACGCAGCGGGGAGGGACGGGAGCCGGUCGGGGCCCUCGGCAGAAGCGGCGGACGGAGACGAUUCAACUUCGCGGCGUCUCUCACCUCCCCUCCCCCCAGCUCGCCGCGAGCCGUCGCGCUCCGCCGGACGGAGACUCGGGCCGACUUCCAUCUCAGUCAUAGCAAGUACCUACUACUGAGCGCUGGAAAAUCUACUUAAGAUAUUUCAAGACUUUCCUUUCCAACAGAAUAUGACAGAUACCUAGCAUCUAGCAAAACGAUGGCAGCAGCUUACCUUGAUCCAAACUUGAAUCAUACACCAAGUUCAAGUGCAAAGACACACCUCAGUACUGGGGUGGAGCGUUCCCCAGGGGCCAUGGAACGAGUCUUAAAGGUCUUCCAUUACUUUGAAAGUAGCAGUGAGCCAACAACGUGGGCCAGUAUUAUCCGGCACGGAGAUGCUACUGAUGUCCGGGGCAUAAUUCAGAAGAUAGUGGACAGUCACAAAGUAAAGAAUGUGGCCUGUUAUGGAUUACGGCUCAGUCACCUGCAAUCUGAGGAGGUCCACUGGCUACAUCUGGACAUGGGUGUAUCCAAUGUGAGGGAGAGGUUUGAAUUAGCCCACCCUCCAGAGGAAUGGAAAUAUGAAUUGCGAAUCCGAUAUUUACCAAAAGGAUUUCUGAAUCAGUUUACUGAGGACAAGCCAACACUAAAUUUUUUCUAUCAGCAGGUGAAAAAUGAUUAUAUGUCAGAAAUAGCAGAUCAAGUGGACCAGGAAAUUGCUUUGAAGCUAGGUUGCCUUGAAAUCCGGAGAUCCUACUGGGAGAUGAGGGGGAAUGCACUAGAAAAGAAGUCCAACUAUGAAGUUUUAGAGAAAGAUGUUGGCUUAAAGAGAUUUUUUCCGAAGAGUUUGCUGGAUUCUGUAAAGGCCAAAACACUAAGAAAACUGAUUCAACAAACAUUUCGACAGUUUGCCAUCCUCAACAGAGAAGAAAGUAUUCUGAAAUUCUUUGAGAUCCUGUCUCCAGUAUACAGAUUUGACAAAGAAUGCUUCAAAUGUGCUCUUGGUUCAAGCUGGAUUAUUUCAGUGGAGCUGGCAAUUGGCCCAGAAGAAGGAAUCAGUUACCUUACAGACAAGGGCUCUAAUCCUACCCACUUGGCAGAUUUCAAUCAGGUGCAGACUAUUCAGUAUUCAAACAGUGAAGACAAGGACAGAAAAGGGAUGUUACAGCUCAAAAUAGCAGGAGCACCUGAGCCUCUGACAGUGACAGCACCAUCCUUAACCAUUGCAGAGAAUAUGGCUGACCUGAUAGAUGGAUAUUGCAGACUGGUGAACGGAGCCACGCAGUCUUUUAUUAUCAGGCCUCAGAAAGAAGGUGAAAGAGCUUUACCAUCAAUACCAAAGCUGGCCAACAAUGAGAAGCAAGGAGUAAGGUCACAUACAGUCUCUGUAUCAGAUGAAAUUAGUGGGGACGAAACAGAUGACUAUGCAGAGAUUAUAGAUGAAGAAGAUACUUACACAAUGCCCUCAACCAGGGAUUAUGAGAUUCAGAGGGAGAGAAUUGAACUGGGACGCUGUAUCGGUGAAGGACAGUUUGGAGAUGUACAUCAAGGAGUUUACAUGAGUCCAGAAAAUCCAGCCAUGGCUGUUGCAAUCAAAACAUGUAAAAACUGCACUUCAGACAGUGUGAGAGAGAAAUUCUUACAAGAAGCCUUAACAAUGCGUCAGUUUGAUCACCCCCACAUUGUGAAGUUGAUUGGAGUUAUUACGGAAAACCCAGUCUGGAUAAUCAUGGAGCUCUGUACACUAGGGGAGCUGAGAUCAUUUUUGCAAGUAAGAAAAUACAGUUUGGAUCUGGCCUCUUUGAUACUCUAUGCUUACCAGCUUAGCACUGCACUUGCCUACUUAGAGAGCAAAAGAUUUGUACAUAGGGAUAUUGCUGCUAGAAAUGUGCUGGUAUCCUCCACUGAUUGCGUGAAAUUAGGUGACUUUGGUUUGUCCCGAUAUAUGGAAGACAGUACUUACUAUAAAGCUUCCAAAGGAAAAUUACCUAUCAAAUGGAUGGCUCCAGAGUCAAUCAACUUCCGACGUUUUACCUCAGCUAGUGAUGUGUGGAUGUUUGGUGUGUGUAUGUGGGAAAUUUUAAUGCAUGGAGUAAAGCCCUUCCAAGGAGUGAAGAACAAUGAUGUGAUUGGUCGAAUUGAGAAUGGUGAACGGUUACCAAUGCCUCCAAACUGCCCUCCUACUCUCUACAGCCUUAUGACCAAGUGCUGGGCAUAUGACCCCAGCAGACGUCCCAGGUUUACUGAACUUAAAGCACAGCUCAGUACAAUACUGGAGGAAGAGAAGCUGCAGCAAGAAGAACGAAUGAGAAUGGAAUCAAGGCGACAAGUCACAGUGUCCUGGGAUUCGGGAGGAUCAGAUGAAGCCCCUCCCAAGCCCAGCAGACCUGGUUAUCCCAGUCCAAGAUCCAGUGAAGGGUUUUAUCCUAGUCCACAGCAUAUGGUACCACCCAAUCAUUACCAGGUCUCUGGCUAUCCUGGUUCUCAUGGGAUACCAGCCAUGGCAGGCAGCAUUUAUCCUGGCCAGGCAUCUCUUUUAGAUCAAGCAGAUUCCUGGAACCAUCGGCCUCAGGAAAUAUCAAUGUGGCCCCCCACCAUGGAGGAUUCUGGCACUUUGGACAUGCGAGGAAUGGGACAGGUCCUACCAACACAUCUAAUGGAGGAGAGAUUGAUACGACAGCAACAAGAAAUGGAGGAAGAUCAGCGCUGGCUUGAAAAAGAGGAGAGAUUCCUGAAACCUGAUGUGCGGCUCUCCAGAGGCAGCAUAGACCGAGAGGACGGGAGCCUCCAGGGCCCGGCUGGUAACCAGCACAUAUAUCAGCCUGUGGGUAAACCAGAUCAUGCAGCUCCGCCAAAGAAACCACCUCGUCCUGGAGCCCCCAGCCAUUUGGGUAGCCUUGCCAGUCUCAACAGCCCUGUGGACAGCUACAAUGAAGGAGUGAAGCCAUGGAGGCUUCAGCCACAGGAAAUCAGCCCUCCCCCCACUGCCAAUUUGGAUCGUUCCAAUGACAAGGUUUAUGAGAAUGUAACUGGACUGGUGAAAGCUGUAAUAGAAAUGUCCAGUAAAAUCCAGCCUGCCCCUCCAGAGGAGUAUGUGCCCAUGGUGAAGGAAGUUGGUUUGGCACUACGAACUUUACUGGCAACAGUAGAUGAGACCAUUCCAGUGCUCCCUGCAAGCACUCAUCGAGAGAUUGAGAUGGCACAGAAGCUAUUGAACUCUGACUUGGCUGAACUGAUUAACAAGAUGAAAUUGGCCCAGCAAUACGUCAUGACUAGCCUGCAGCAGGAAUACAAAAAGCAAAUGCUCACAGCUGCUCAUGCUCUGGCUGUGGAUGCCAAAAACUUGCUGGAUGUUAUUGAUCAAGCCAAAUUGAAAAUGAUUGGUCAGUCCAGACCCCAUUAAACACCGAGGAAGAAUUUUUUUGUCAUUCUUUUUAAGAAUAUUGCUCAUGUAAGGAUGUUCUCUAGCCUUCCACCAGUGGUGAGGAUUAACCCUGCAUAGUCCAGGAUUUCCAGUGACUCCUGCUUCAUCAGACCUGAUUGACAGCUGUUGGUUUUCUCUCUCUCUCAUUAUAAAAGUUUAACCAUGUUUUUACCAGAUGGUCUGGGAUUCAAAAUGUGGCAUUAUCACAGAAUGAAGUUUGUACAGAAGCCCUUGGGAAUCGUGACUGGGGAAAACAAUGACAUUUUACAUCGUCACAUAGGAUGUGCAUUACCUAAAAUUGCCAAGAGGUUACAAUCUCAGAGCCAGGACUGUCCGAGCUACAGAUUGGAGAAAAAUAUUGUGAAGUGAAGAAUUCUGGGAAACCUCAGGGCUGAGAAUUCUUGCCCACAGUAUGCGAGCUAUCCAGACUGGAAUUUUUUAUUAGAACACUUACGUCGCAAUAUGCUAAUCACAAUUUACAGAGAAAGAAAAUUUUAAAAGCUAUAUUUUCAAGACUUCAGUCAUUUCAAAAGAAACUAAAGCCCUCUUCAUCUUUCUGCUUUUUACUUUUAUGUGGAUAUGUGAAACGUUUGUUUGGAAACUAGCUGUAGAACACAACUGAAAACUCUUGUAUGUCUUUUCACCAGAAUAACUUGCCAGUUUUUUGUAGCAAUGUUAUUUUCCUUGGAAGCAAAAAGCUGCUUUGUACCAGAGCAACUCAGAGCCGCAUUUAGAAGAGAAGUUCUGUAACCAUAUGUGUUCCCCGUUUUUAUAUAAUUUAUACAGAAAGAUUAAAGCCAUGUUGAAUAUUUUAAACCCACUGUAGUUAACUAACCCAUCUUUGAGUCUAUCUUGCCUGGGAGGAGUUACAGCAGAGCAGUGUGAAUGUUUUCUUUCAUUUUUUUCCAGUUAUACCAUCUGUUCUGUUAAAUAAAAACCACCAUGCUCCCUUUGGUUUGAUGGGGGAUAUAAAUUAUUCUCAGGAAGAAUAUAAUGAACUGUACAGUUACUUUGACCUAUUAAAAAGGUGUUACCAGUGAA